GCCCAUCACGGAAGUGAAAGUCAGCUGAUAAUGUUGCAGAAGCGCGUGAGUUUAGGAUGAACACAGGAAUUAAGUGCUUUAUGUUUUUAUGUAUUUUUCUUUGUAUGCGUGUUUGUUUAUGCGAUGAUUACGUGUUGGAUGAUAGAGGUGGAUUAGGAGAAUCUUUUGACGGCAUUGGUGGUUUAAGUGGCGGUGGGGCGACAUCUCGCUUACUAGUCAAUUAUGCUGAACCGUUUCGCAGCCAGAUCUUGGAUUACCUAUUCAAGCCUAAAUUUGGAGCCUCGUUGCAAAUACUAAAGGUUGAAAUUGGAGGCGAUUCUCAGACCACAGAUGGAACUGAGCCCUCCCAUAUGCACUAUGAAGAUGAUGAGAAUUACUUUCGAGGUUAUGAAUGGUGGCUAAUGAGGGAAGCCAAAAAGAGAAACCCUAACAUCACCCUUAUAGGUUUGCCCUGGGCCUUUCCCGGAUGGGUAGGAAAUGGUGAAAGCUGGCCUUAUAGUUUCCCUGAUAUCACUGCCUCAUAUGUGGUGUCAUGGAUUAUUGGGGCCAAGGAGUACCACGAUUUGGAUAUUGAUUAUGUUGGGAUAUGGAAUGAAAGGAACUUUGACACCAAGUACAUAAAGAUUCUGAGAAAUACACUGGAUAAAAGUGGCCUGGAGAGAGUUAAAAUAAUUGCCAGUGAUUUUCUCUGGGAGCCAAUUACCUCUGCUGUUAUUGCUGACAGGGAGCUCAGCGAUGCUGUUGAUGUCUUGGGGGUUCAUUACCCCGGUACCACCACUACGCCUAAGGCUUUUAAGACAGGAAAAAAAUUGUGGUCCUCUGAAGACUACAGUACUUUUAAUGAUUAUGUUGGCGGAGGCUGCUGGGCCCGAAUUCUCAACCAGAAUUACGUCAAUGGCAAAAUGACAGCGACUAUAUCCUGGAACCUUAUUGCCAGUUAUUAUGAUAACCUUCCUUUUGCAAGAGAUGGAUUAAUGACUGCAAAUGAGCCAUGGAGUGGGAAUUAUGUUGUCGAGUCGCCGAUUUGGAUAACGGCCCACACUACGCAGUUUACUGAGCCAGGGUGGAGGUACCUGCAGUCUGUUGGACACUUUACACAUGGUGGGAGUUAUGUUGCACUAACUGAUGGGAAUGGAAAUCUAACCAUAAUUACUGAAACCAUGACUCAUGAUCACUCUAAAUGUAUAAGACCUCCGCUGCCUUUCUAUAAUGUCUGGGCACAGAACGUUACUUUUAAUCUUAAAGGAUCUUUUGCUGACAUCAGUGAACUGCAGGUGUGGUAUUCAAAGUUUGAUUUCGUGACAAACAAGACACUCCUAUUUAGAAAUCUCAAGCCUAUUAAGGUAAAUGAGGGGUCUUUCAGCAUAGAGUUUGAUGUUGAUGAGGUCUAUACUUUUACUACUUUAAGAAAUGGUCAGAAAGGGAGUUACCCAGAUCCUCCACCCUCUGCCUCCUUUCCUAAAAACUACAAAGAUAAUUUUGAUGUCUUAGAACAUCCACAUUUCUCUGAAGCUCCAAACUUUGCAGAUCAGACGGGUGUUUUUGAGUACUUCACUAACCUGACGGACCCCGGCCCUCAUGUUUUCACACUGCGACAGGUGGUCACUCAGCGCCCUGUGACCUGGGUGGCAGAUGCCGAUCAGACGAUUAGUGUUAUUGGGGAUUAUAAAUGGCGAGACUUGACGGUGUCAUGUGAUGUGUACAUGGAGAAUGGGUACAAUGAUGGGGUCUUCAUUGCUGUCAGAGUGGGUAAAGGUGGUGGGGUGGUCCGUGCUACAAAGGGAAUCUUUUUCUGGGUGUACUCGUAUGGCACCUACAAAGUCACCAAUGACCUCAGUGGAACAACAGUUCUUGCUGAAGGAUUUUCUGGAACUAGAGCACAUGUGUGGUACACAUUGACCCUCACAGUCAAUGGAACCCAUGGAUCCGCAGAAGUCAAUGGGUAUCCCUUUUGGAAGAAUGAAGCUCUAUGGAUGCAAGAAAAUGGAUGGGCAGCCAUAGGCACAAGUUCUUUUCAACCAGCACAGUUUGAUAAUUUCGCUAUAGAGGCAGUAUAACCCCUCAGUCUGGUCUUUAUUGUUUUGCCGUCAUUGUGAUAACUGUAACAUCAUUUAUUGAUUUGCAUUAAAAUGGUUUUUAAGA